AUGGACGGUCUCACGACUUGGUUCGGUCUCAAGACUUGGUUCAGGAGAUUAUUAUAUCCGCACUGUCUCAUCGGCGCUUGCGGUUCACUGGUUGGGCAGUCGAUCAACAGCUUGGCCCCCAAGCCUAACCGGCCCAGAAUCCCCACGAUACCUGUGAUCGGCGAUAGCCCUGUCAACUUUAAUCCCAUCAUUAUCAUUUUGAUGGGGUAUCUGGAGAAGGUCAGCCCGAAUGGCUUGCAGACUGCCGUGGCAAUGGCUCACAAGAAGCUGCCCGAGACUAUGAACAGGCUCAGCAUUACAGAUGCUCGCUCGUUCCUCGAGUUCGCCAACGACCUCUUAACAUGGAUUCCCCAGGAGAAUUACGAGGGGAAGGAAAUCUACGAGAAUUUUUGCAUCUUCUACUUUAUCCUGGGCCAAGAACCCCUAGCAGAACUACAGACCCCCAUCCUCCCCAACCGGGUCGGCCAACCCUUGACUUGGCUCUCGUCAUGGGCCGUUGUGUACGCCCAGCUCAUCGGGCUCUUCCUGGACACGCCAGCCUCCAUUACCGCAGAGUCCCUGCAGUCUUUCAAGGAUUCCCCCCCGUAUAACUACGAAGAGGCAAUGGUUCCACCAGGAGGAUUCCGAACCUUCAAUCAGUUCUUCGCUCGUCAUCUAAAGCCUGGAUUGAGACCCAUUGAGUCGCCACAGGAUGACAAAAUUAUUGUCUACCCGGCCGAUUGCGCCUAUGACAACUCAGUCGUCAAUCAGAGCAUUGUCAGCAUCGAGUCGGGGGGCAUAGUGUACAUCAAGGGUCUCCCGUGGACAAUCGGAUCGCUCUUGCAGGGCAGCGAGUUUGCACACGACUUUGACGGUGGCGUCUGGAUGCAUGCCUUCUUAAACACGUUCAACUACCAUCGCCAGCACGCACCCGUCUCCGGCACCGUCAUCGAGGCAAAGAACAUUCAAGGCGCAGCAUACCUGGAGGUCAAUGCCAAGUGCCAGCCUAUCCGCAACACGUGUGGUCCCGAUGCCACCGACAGCCCUGGAUACCAGUUCCUCCAAAUGCGCGGGAUGGUCGUUAUCGACAACCCUGUCCUUGGGAAAGUCGCUGUGUUGCCCAUUGGAAUGGCCCAAGUCUCGUCGGUCAAGUUGUCUGUGCAGAAAGGCGACGUUCUGAAGAAGGGAGACGAGAUUUCCUGCUUCCAAUUUGGUGGAUCAGACAUCAUUUGUGUCUUCCAGGCCAAGGCCGGCCUCAAGGUCGAGAGCUUUGUGCCGUCGCCAGGGGAUUCGUACUCCAAGAUGGGAACGGUUUUGGCCAGGGCGCCAUGA